AUGUCCUUCCUCAUCCAUAAUCGGAAAACCAGCAAAAGACCUUUGCAUUUGGAGUCUCUCCUAAUGCCCAAAGUUCCCCGUACCAAUUACUUGCACCUUCAGGAAGAGAAGCAAAGACUCCAGCUGAAGAAAUUCCUCCUUCAUAGGAUGUUCCUAGUGGGACAGAUACAAGCAAACACAGAGAAAAAAAACAUUUCGGAAUAUUAUGAAAAACUGUUUCAGAUGAUUUUGAAACGUCACCUAGGAGAAGCAGUGACAGGGUUGUUGCUCAUGUACCCCAUGUCCAUUCUGCACAUCCUUGAGACCUCCAGUGGCACGCUUUACCGAAUUCUUCUAGAUUAUGUUGCCCGUAGAGACAAUGAAAGAGACUUUAUGAUUGAAAAACUGAAAAUUAUAGUUGUUUCUCAUAACAUCCCCACGAGGCUCUUUAUGCAGUGGCAUGUCUCAGUCAUCAAAGUGCCAGUUAUGUAUCUUGAUGAUGUGACACAGUCACAGUCCCUGGCAGAAAUCACCACAGACUUUCUCUCCCAGACUCAUAAACUGGCACUACACCUUUUUAAAAGUGUUAAAGUGGGGACUAAAGGACCAGGAGAUAACUUGCACCAAGUUGCACCUGACCUCCUCCUCCCAGAACAAAUUAUAAAGUGCUUGUGCAAUGCUGAAGAAUUCAUGGACCCAUCAACAUUUUUAAGCAUGUAUAAUAGACCGAUAGAUGUCACCUUGGAUUCUGAAGUGGUAUGGCCUGCCCCUUCUCGUUUCUAG